CUCACACAGAACCCAGCACAAAUUGAAAUCAUUGACAGCGCCGCCCUGGGCGACCUUCGGUGCAAUGUCAGCUUGGACCUCAGAUGACAGCUCUUUCAGCUACCGCCAAGAUCAAGUUGCUCGAUUGGGUGAGAGGGCAAAAGCAGAAACGACUGAAGAAGACAGACGAAGAUUUCAGCAAAGCCCAUUCAUGCAGCGCAUGAGGGAGAUAGACGAACGGGCUUGGCAACAAUUUAGCGAGCGUGACAAGAAGCGCACUCAGACAGACCCUAGCUUUAAACCGAAGGAUUCAGAUUUUGAGGCGCCAAGAACCAUCAAAUAUGACAAGGCUGUGAACUAUUACAAGACUUUGGGCGUUGACGAAUAUGCAACCAACGAUGAAAUCAAAAAGGCCUACAGGAAGUUGUCUUUGAACUACCACCCAGACAAGCAGACAGGAAAGACGCAAGAAGAGAUGGACGAAGCGGCAGCAAUUUUCAUGGAGAUUAAGAACGCUUACAAGCUGCUCAGUGAUGAUCCCACUCGUCGGCAGUAUGAUUUUGACCGGGACAGAGAUGUUGUAAGUGCUCAGUCACAUGGGAAGAAACCACAAGAAAAGAACGGCUUUGAUGCAGGUGAAGCCCUCCAACGCAUGCUUCAGAAGGCUGCGGAAAACAAAAAACUCCCCAGUGAGAUCAUCACUGUGCCCGUCCAUUGUAGGGUUGAAAAGUUUGUGUUUGGUGGGCAGAAAACGUUGAAGCGCACGCGGCUAGUCAAAGACCGCAGCUACGGUGGCUACAAAGAAGAGCCCAAGACAUUCCGGGUGGAUUUGCCAGCAGGUGCAGAGCAACCCUUUAGUGUGGAGUUUCGCCGUCAGGGUGAUCAGCACGAUGGAAGGGAAGCAGACACGAUCCGAUUUCUUUUCUCUUCCAAACCUCAUCUAUCUCUAGAAAGGGAUGGACAGAACCUAAGGCUGAGAGAUCGUGUGCGAUUAGAGCUGCCAAUGAGGAAAGAGUCGUACCUUUCCGUCAGCCUGUCUGCCUUCGCUGGUCGGCAGAUCUUCCUUUGGGGUCGGAAUCCUUUCUUUGGCUGCGCUGCCGGGGAGGAGGGGGACCUUCUCCUCCACUUGCAUGGCCUGGGCGUGGGCGCUGGUACGCUUGACUUGGCUUUGAGGUGCAGCUUGGGCCCGAAGUCGACCACGCGCUGUGAAGCCGCACCACUACCGAAGCUCUCGGAACGGCGGACUUUUCUUGAGCGCUUUGGCCUGGCGCCGAAGAGCGGCUUCUCGUUGAAUGCGGGGAGACAUUCGUCAGCGAGUGGUGCCAUGCUGCAGGAGCUCCUGGAGCGCCGACAGCGUAGGCGUGAGAGUGAAAACUUCGUGGCGGACGUGGAACUCAGGCCUGUUGGAGAACCUAUUCGGCUAUUUACCAAGCCGCCCAGCAGCCUUGUGUUCCUGACCUCUGCCCACGGCCUUUUUGCCGUGAGUUUGGAUUGCCCAGCCUGCGGGAAGAAAAAGGCUGCCGGAGAAUGGGAGCGUUUGAAGGCACGCUUGAAUGCGACUUUGCGGGAGACUGUCUUCCUCUUGUUACCACAGGCCCGCGUUGUGCUCCCGCCCUCCUUGCUGCUGAAACAAGUUUUUGAUGACAGAACGGUCCUAUCACGGCCAGAUCGCUGCAUGCCGUGGAAAAGCAUUGGUGACCACGCCUUCAAGCAGGGAAACUACUGGAUAGCAGGGGCAGCAUAUGCCAAGAGACUUGCAGAGUUGGGUGUGAGACUGCCGGCAGGUGCAUGUGCUGACGACGAAGAGGAGGGAAAUGGUCUUGAGACAGAGGAACCAGAGGUGAUUGACAGUGCUGACCUCAACAUAAAGAGGGGGGGUCCUGAUCUGGUGCCCGAGGCGGCCAAAGCUCUCUCCAAUCGUGCUGCAUGCCUUGUGAAAAUUGGAGACUUUGCUGCUGCAUUGGGCCAUGCUCGAAGAGCUUCACAGCUUGCUCCACGUUGGGCGCGUGUUUGGAGCCGAGUGGGUCAAGCAGCUUGGGAUUUGGGCCAAAGCUUUCGAGAGGAAGCUGCUGAAGCAUUUGCAAAAUCUGUGGAGAUGGAUCCUUUGAUUUCUGCCGUAACAGCCUUGCAGGAAGCCGUGCGGCAACUCCAUGGUUCCAACCCGGAUGCUGCACAUGUUUUGAAGGAAAAAGGCAAUGAAUCCAUGAGGGGUGGUGAGCUUGGGCUGGCAAUUGCCUGCUACACGCAGGCUAUAGGACAAUUGCCCCCUCUCAGAACUGAGACGGCUGAGACUGAUAAGCCAGAUGAACAUGCCUUGCUGCGAGGUGUUCUGUUCAUCAACCGAUCUGCUGCCUUUUGCCGAGUUCGAAAUUGGGAUGCAGCCGUGGCAGAUGGCAGAGAAGCAAUAGCAGCCCAGCCUGGACUAUCUAGUGCACACUCGCAGCUGGGAGUUGCCCUCCUUGGUAGUGGCUUUCACCAAGAAGCCUACAUUCAGUUUGCAAAGGGUGUCCACCUGAAUUCCGAGCACAAACCUUCUCUCAAAGGUCGUAAUGCUUGCCUGAAGGAAAUGGUAGUUUGGAAGUCAGCCUCUGCCACUACCCGCUACAACAAGCGCUUUUGGCUUGACCUGCGUAGAACCAAAGGCACUACCAGGAUCUUUGCCAUCUCGGAUCUGCACUUUGAUCAAAAGUACAAUGAGGAUUGGGCCCAUGGGAUUGAUGAUAUGGCAUUUUUGGAUGAUGUCUUGAUUGUUGCAGGAAAUGCGGCAGAUACCAAAGUUGGAGUGAUGCGAGCUCUUACAACCCUCAAGGCCAAGUUCAGAAGAGUCUUCUACACCUUUGGAAAUCAUGAGAUGCAAAUAAUGACAUCAGAGUUUGCCCGCUACCCGGACUCUCUCACCAAGAUGAACGAGAUUUUCACAGCCUGUGAUGAAGUUGGGAUUGAUGUUUUCCCUGCACCUGUUUGUGAGGGUGUUCUCAUCAUGCCAUUGUUGUCAUGGUGCAGUGCUGAGUUUGAUCACGAAGACCCUUUCCCGGAUCCAAAUGCCAAGUUCAAUUCCAGAUGUACGUGGCCAAUGGAUGCGGAUAUACAGCUUUGGAAAUAUAUGAUGAAGCUGAACGAACCGUUUCUGGACAUUCGUGGCUUUGAUACGGUGAUUACGUUUUCCCACUUUUUGCCACGGCAGGGGUUGCCAUUUGACAAGACCAGAAGGAACGCAGUAAAGUCGGUGGGUUGCGAUAUGAUUGAUGAACAGGCACGUGCUGUCAAAACAAAGCUGCAUGUGUAUGGUCACGGUUGCGUGCGAAAUGCGCAGAUGCAUGCUGGAGUGCGCUAUGUGAGCUCACCUAUUGGCUUUCAGGUAGACUGGCCAAAGGAUCACCCUCCAAGGCUCAUGAUGGUCCACAACGGCCGGAGCCUAUGCAUGCAGGAGUGGGGCACAGAUGACGAACCACCCCUGGGCUACACGAAGCGCUUGCUGCACUUGAUUAUCUACGCCAUGCCAGGCCUGCGAGAAGCAGAGAUGCGCAAGAUUCAGAACAUUGUUACUCACAAAUUUGUGGGCACUCCGAAUCAUCCAGGAAUCCUGUGCUCUUUUGAUCGACUUGGUAGCAGGAGCCUCGACAAGGAAGCUCUUGCCCAAGAUGCUUGGCCUGACAUACUGUCAUGCAGCCAGGAUAUGAGUCACGUGUUGACUGUAGUUGCUGAUAGCGUGGAUGCCCUCAAAGCGUUUCUCACAAGUGAAGCUUACUGCAAAGACUUGUCGACAUCAAUCUCGCCCCACUCACGGAAGACCGUGUCCUUUUCCUCGCCUUUGGGCCUAGAUCUUGUCCAUGCCAAGAAGCGAGACCCAAUGCUGAUCGUGCAUGGUCUCCAGCUCAAGGUUGAGGUGAAGGAGGACAGCGAGGAAUACGCAAGAAUGGCGAAAGCAGUCGAAGCGAUUGGCAAGCUUCCAGGUAUUGAUGGCAAGAUUGCCAUAGCGCUGCAACCACUUGGAUCCGGCCGCUAUUCACAUGAGGAUUUGCUCGAGCGGCUGGGGAACGAAGAUCGCGCCGCUGGCAUCAGCCAUUGUUUCUCAGUGCUUGUGGAUGAACCAGCCAGCUACAAAGUCCUUGCGCAAAGCAAAACAUUUGGCAAGUUGAGGGCAGCUUACGAACCAUAUUUGAUGGGCAAGCCGCUAGCCUUUGGUGUGCCACUGGACAUUGCUGCAACUGCGGCCGCGCCGAAGGAUGUCGCCAAGGCCAAGAAGACUAACGGUGUGCAAGGAUGACUCCACGCCGACUUUUCCCAGAAUCAGCCAAUGAGAGCCGCGCAAAAAUAUAGCUAGCAUGUUGCAAAGCAACCUGCCAAUGCUCUAGCUUUGGCUCAGCUAGGGGCCUUUGCUUCCGCAUGGAGACACAUGGCCAUUUUUUCGCAGCUAAUGCAGAAACUCCAAAAUGUAGUACAGUCAGUGCGAAUGUUGACAAGUGUGCAAUCUUAGCCCGUGGCAGCUGCGAGCCUUUUGCGUGAGCCAAGAAAUUUUCACUCUUCGAAAAGGUUGUCUGGUGCGUAAGCCUGAGGUGCUCCAGUAUGGUACGGAUUGGGAACCCAUGUGGAGGCUAUUCAUGCAAACUGUGAAACUGUCGGUCGUGAGCGCCCUCCGUGAUCAUUCUGGGAUUUUUCCACUCCAAACUCCUGUUCUCAGUAAAGUUGCAUUCUACCGAUGUCAAUUGUUCAGAGUUGAUGCUUU